AAAUCUUUCUAUUUGGUUCAUGUCCAAACCCUACUAGCUACUCCUUCAGGGUUUUACAGGUCCAAUUUUUUCUUGGGAGAAUUCCAAGCUCUGUGUUUCUCUGCCUGAUCUCCGAUUUGGGUUUUCUCAGAAAGUUGAAGUCAGAGAGAAAACCAUGGCAAGCCAAGCAGCUGCAACUUUUAAAGGCAACAUGAAGAAAGCUGUUGCUGGCCUGAGACGGAUUAAUCUUGACGGGCUGCGGUGGAAAGUGUUUGAUGCCAAAGGCCAGGUUCUUGGAAGGCUAGCAUCUCAAAUAUCUACUGUGAUUCAAGGCAAGGAUAAACCGACUUAUGCUCCAAAUCGAGAUGAUGGAGACAUGUGCAUUGUGCUGAAUGCGAAGGAUAUUUGUGUCACAGGGCGAAAACUAACUGAUAAAGUUUAUCAUUGGCAUACAGGGUAUGUUGGGCACCUCAGGGAAAGGACUUUGAAGGAUCAGAUGGCGAAAGACCCCACAGAAGUCAUUCGAAAAGCUGUAUUGCGUAUGCUUCCUAAGAACAAAUUGCGUGACGAUCGAGAUAGAAAGCUGAGAAUUUUUGCCGGCGGUGAACACCCAUUUGGUGAUAAGCCCCUUGAACCAUAUCUGAUGCCCCCACGAAAAGUAAGGGAAAUGCGACCUCGUACAAGACGAGCCUUGGUAAGAGCUCAGAUAAAGGCUGAAAGCCAGGAUGAUAAAGAUUCACGAAAGGGCAGGAAGAAGGAUAGAGUCGAAGUGAAUGUAUGAAGGAUUACCUUGAAUGGAGCUAGAUUCAUCACUUAUGUGGAGUGUUACGUACUGUACCAAUGUUUGAUGGUAUCGAUUGCCUUGUCAAAGUUUGAAAUUUUGCUUAGAACUGUUGAAAAUAUGACUAUGGAUGAAAAUGUUGGGUUAAGCUGACAUGGUUGCCAGCAAUAAAUUAGGUCUUCUGUGUCUGAUCAUGUGGUGCUUCAAAAUUAGGAAUGAAUUGCUAUAUUCCAGAUGGAAAGAUUGCCUUCAUAAUGUCUUUCUUGUACAUUAUGUCUUCUAUGCUCCAAUUUCGCUGAAGUCAUAUCAUGUCUCUCAGUCUUCAGUUCUCUAUCAGAAGUGAAAAUUUCUCCAGUUCUUGUUGAAUUGGUUUGGUUUGGCAUGGCAAAGUCGAGUAUGUAUAACUUAUAAGCAACAGUUGCAGUGUUUGACAUAUACUUGAAACUUGAAAGUUCAUAUGCAAGACCAUACGUCCAAACUAGUCAUCAAUCACAAUGAAGUAAACUUCAUAUUAUAUAGAGAAGUAUGCUCAAAUAGAGCUUAUCAGUCGGUCCUCUACUUGGAAGUCAAGAAAGUUUUGAGCCAGCCGGCGGAUUUCUUGGCAG